UACUUCCCCGCCAGCACCAAGUUGUUACGUGAAACCCGCAGCCCCGAACCGCGGCGGGUCCGCCGCGCCCGCCCGCCCGCCAUGUCGGCUCCCGGGACCCUCAGCAAUUACUACGUGGACUCCUUCCUGGUGCCGGAGGGGGACGAGCUGGCGGCGCCCCGCUACGCCCCCGCCCCGCUGGGGCCGCCGCCGCGGCCGGCGGCGCUGGCCGAGCACCCCGAGCUGGCCCCCUGCAGCUUCCAGCCCAAGGCGCCCGUCUUCGGCCCCCCCUGGAGCCCCGCGCACCCCGCCGGCGCCCCCGCCGUCUACCACCCCUACGCGCACCACCAGGCGCCCGUGGCACCGCCCGACGGCAGGUACAUGCGUUCGUGGCUUGAGCCUGUGCCGGGCUCCUUGUCUUUCCCCGGGUUACCUACCAGCAGGCAUUACGGCAUUAAACCUGAACCGCUGGCGGCCAGGAGGGCUGACUGUACCACGUUUGACACUCACACUUUGUCUCUCUCUGAUUAUGCUUGUGGUUCUCCUCCAGUUGAUAGGGAUAAGCAAAGCCACGAAGGCGCAUUCUCUGAAAGCAAUGGAGAAAGUGAGGCAAACGGAGAGAAACCGCAGAUCGAUCCAAAUAAUCCAGCUGCAAACUGGCUCCACGCAAGGUCCACCAGGAAAAAGCGAUGCCCUUACACCAAGCAUCAGACGCUGGAAUUGGAGAAGGAGUUUCUGUUCAAUAUGUAUCUCACUAGGGACCGUAGAUAUGAGGUUGCCAGACUCCUCAAUUUAACUGAGAGACAAGUGAAAAUCUGGUUUCAGAACAGGAGGAUGAAAAUGAAGAAAAUCAACAAAGAUCGAGCAAAGGACGAAUGAUGGAACCUCACGAGUUAAAUUAAAAAUGCAUAAAAUAAAAGAAAAAAAAAAGAAAAAGUUAAAACCAAAACAAACAAACAAACAAACGAAAAAGAGAAAUCCUCCCCUCGAGCCCUGCCAUGCAAUGCGUCUGGGUCCAGGCCUCAUUUUUUUUCCCUUGGCAAAUUCUGAUUAUGAUUGUACAGUGAUUGUCACAGAGGCCAGAGUGCCAGGAGAGGUACAGUAAGACUUCUAAUUUUCUAAUAGGAAAGAAAAAGGGGGCAUUAGCACGAAAAGGCUGUUUAACUGGCUUGUAUAAAUCUACCUGUUUCUUCAUUUAUUGAAAGAAAAAAAAGAAAAAAACUACCUUUUCAUAAUGCACAACUAUUUACGGACUGUAUAGUUUAGCCUACGUAGUUAAUUUUAUUCGCUCUUUGCGCGGCAGAGAGAUCUCUGCUGUAAUACUUGAACACUGUGUUUUAUUGUGGUAAUUAUGUUUGUGACUCAAUUUAUGUGCUUGGGUGCUGUACCGGAUGUAAUGGUGUAAGCUAGAAUUCAAUUUGAACUCAGGUUGUUUAUUAUAAACAUUGCAUAGAGUAUAGCUCUGUAGUGUAUUAAGUCUUUUCUGUAUAAUUAGACAGUUAACCUUUGAUUGUAAAAUAUAUAUAUUAUAUAUAUCCCAACGCAAAAAAAAAAAAAAAAAAAAAAAAAGUAGAAAAAAAGUUCGUCCGGAAUGUCUGGGAAUUACGGUUCUCAAAAUAUGAAACAAGUCAUUUUAGUAUGCACAGUUGAUAUAUAUAUAGUACUGUCUUUGUCGGUUGUAUAUAUAAUCUAUAUAUUAAAAAAGUAAGUAAACAGACUAGCUUAAAUAUUGUUUUUGCACCAGUGAGCAGUUAGCAGAUUUCGGAGCUAUACAUAUAUGUGAAAAGGGUAACUACCUAUGGUUUACGUUUGAAUUUUAAUCGAAUUAUUUGAUGGUUAUUGUAAUGAAGGUUAAUUUUAUUGAUAAUAAAUUAUACAUUAUAAAAAACUACAUUUGGUUAUUGUAAAUUUGUAUCAAUUAAAAAAAUAAGUCUGGGAAUUUAUGUUGAUGAAGAACGUACACUGUCUAUUUUGAAAUAGUUACCUCAUGGCCUACUGACCAAAUCGUUGUGUUGAAAUGAUAUUUAACUUUUUGCCAAAUAAAAUAUAUUGAUUCUUUUA